AUGGUUACAAGGGUGCCAAAGGUGGGCGCAUGGGAGCUUAUGAAAAACCUCAAGGUGAAUCGCCGCGGAAGAAAGAAGCUGUUGAGGGCUGAGUCGUGGAUCUUACGCUGGGAUCCUCCCACGGUGGAUCGCUCCAAGGAUGCGCUAAGGCAUUUGUCCUAUGUUGGUGGCACUGUUUAUGUGGACAUGAACACCCUCUUGGUUGAGAGCCAGUUUGAUGAAGUCUGGAAGGUGGUUCAGUGGGCUGUUCUAUCAGGCCGUGUUGGGACUAUAGUUUCCAGGGACUGCGGAGGCACUCCUUUGGACAAAGUUAUUGGAGCCCCUCACAGAAGCAAGGUUCACUUCCUUCAUGCUCUGGCUUCGGCGUCCCGUGAAUACCGUGGUGGUGGAAUGGUGAAGCUCUAUGUUGAGGAUUUGGAUAGAGUGAACAAGAUUGGGGAUGUGGAUGCUGUGAUAGAUCCUCGGGGCCCCCUUGGACUAGAUGCAAUGAACACCGCGGCGGGGCAUCAGCAUAGAUCUACCCUGCACCCGAUGGCCUACAGCUUGAGUGUGGAUGUGGUUGGGCCUUUGAAGGGUUAUGGAUUGAUGGUGCACAUGGUCAUGGAGAAGUUCGAGGUUAUCCU